GUAUGGUGGUACAUGCAUAAAGCUUUGUGCAAUCAUUCACAAAGUUAUGCAAGCAUCAUAUCACCCGCACCGCAUCUUCUCAACCUGAAGACCGCCAUCACUCAACAACAUCAGAAUUAACAUUCAAAUCAACAAACAUCACUGUUCGUUGUCAAUGCUGGAAUUUCAUACCAUGCACUUCCAUCUACCGGACAAGAAACCUAGGGAGCAUGGGAAUGGAAUGCAUAUCGAGUCAAUCUUCAACGGCCCCAUUGACACGAUAUAUCCAUGUAGGUUCUACGUACCUGUGUACACCUUCGCGAGUGCCGCUCGAUCUUCCGGUGCAGACACUCCCAUGUAGUGCAUGAGCAGCUACGUGACUGUGAUUGACAGUACUCGGUAUAUCAGUCCCGAGAUGUGUUCUCGUUAUUGCACAUAUUCUUCAGAUACUCUGGAAAGGAUGCCCCUACUAUACAGCCGCCUCGGGAAAACAAAAUGCCACAUUUCCGCUCGCUGAGCAAUUACCCCGCAGUCGAUCGUGACCCUUCGAAUAUGCUUCAAAAUACCUGCAGUCUUAUAAGUAACGGCCUCUUAGCAAUAUGAUUUCUGCGAUUCCUUCUGUUGUUGUUCGUGUAACUCUCGCACUGUCAAAAUGAAGUCGUCUAUGAUUUCAAGUAUAAUCCUAUCUUUUUCCUGCGUGGUAACUGCAACAAUCUUGCAGAAUGAUCAAGUCCGGAUCACAAAUUAUCCAGACACGAAGAUAGAACUCAGUGGCCGUAACUUCACUGAUUACCCUCCCAGCGCGCCAGAACUCUCCUACAAAGGAAGAUGGGACAGUAAAUAUGUUUCUUGGUGGUCAGCACCCGGACUCAAAUUUGGAUUUACGGGAGAGGAAGUCGCCAUCACAUUUGGGCCUUUGACUUCGGACACUGUUUUGAUUGGAUUUCGAGUGAAUGGUCAGGAUUGGCAGCUCACAAAUAUCACAACAAAUGCCACGCAUUUACUGGUUAGUCCAGAAUCUCCUGCGAUUGAUGUCGGCUACCCUAUAAACCCAUCAACUUUUGAGCUCAGAGUCACAAAUUGGGCGUAUGGCGUCCAGAUCUCGGCCGUCCAUUUGGGUAAAGGCGAAAGCCUGAUCAAGAUUCCCAAAUCUUCGAGGUCUAUCGAAUUCAUUGGAGAUUCUCUUUCUUCGGGUUAUACAGCUACCCUAGAAGGGCUCUCGAGCUUUGCGUAUGGUAUGGGGGCCGGUCUUGGAAACACCGAGUAUUCCAUUACAGCAUAUCCGGGCAUUUGUUUGGUCGACCAAUUAUGUUUCGGCAACACCAGAGGAAUGUUUCACCAAUGGUACUAUACUUCUGAUACUAGUCCUCGGGCUACUCAAAUAUGGGGCAAUAAACCAGAACUUUGGAGUUUCUCCAAGCAAGAUGAUGCGGAUCUUGUAGUGAUCAAUCUGGGGACUAACGACAGCAAUGGGGCGAUCAAUGUUACUAGUUCCGAAUACGUCGCUCAGUAUACCUUACUGAUUGAGGGUAUUCAUGCUGUCUGGCCCAACGCUCAAAUAAUUCUGAUGUCUCUCUGGGAGGGUUUCUUUUCCUAUGGAAAUUCUUACGCGCAAGCUCAAGGAUUUGCAUCUGAAAUACACAACAUAUAUCAAUAUUUCAACUCCAAGAAAUACUUGUCCAAUCCAAUAUUGUACAAUCCGCAUACCAAUUCUACUUAUUCGUCCAAUCGGACCUCUGCUCCAUUUGUAUCUUAUUUCAACACCACCGGCCUGAUGCAACACAACGAUAUUGGGCCAGCGUACCACCCCACUGAUGUGGGGCAUAUCAAGGUCGCGAGUCAUCUAAUCCAGUAUGCGAGAAUGAAAUUUGGCUGGGAAUUGUAUGCAACUGGGCCGGAAGUAUUUCACGAUACCCUUUACUGGAAUGACAAUCAAAGCUAUUGAACAUCCGCCAAAUGUCUAUGUAGAAGUGGUAGGAGGCAUGAAGUCAUGAUAGCCUUCAAUCCUUCCGUCCCGUGGGUUUGAUAGACAUUACAUAGCCUGCUAGACGUACUUACUAUCUGGGAUCUAGCACAAUAUUGCGUUUCUAUAGCUUUGAUAGGUUGAAAUUGCACUACCUCCGCAUUCCCAUGACUCCUCCCGUGAAGAUCGAUGAUUCACGAUCCUCAUAGUUGUCUCCUGAUGCAAGGUUCUGGGCGCAUUUAAAUUAAUAACGUAUCUUGUUACAUUUCAGAUCCCUUGAUUUUUCAUCAUGUCUUUCCAGCCGUCUUACUUAAGUUCUAACUCAUUGAAGCCCUUGGAC